AAGACAAAAAAUACCCCAUCGACGGCGAGAACAUGGAUGCCCAUGAUCCCGAUCUCGAGCACCGGCAACGCGAGCUGGCCGAGCUCGAUGCCGCGACCAAAAGACUGACAGUUUGUGGCGUUGCAUUCCUCAACGACGCCUACGACAUGUUCGCCAUCAACAUCGUGGCAAUGAUCAUGGGGUUUAACACGGUCCCGCAAAAGUGGGACACGCUGAUCAAGAUUGCAGUCCAGCUUGUCAUGGGCCGUCUCGGCGACAAGAUCGGCCGCACCACGGUGUAUGCGGCCUCGCUGAUGAUCGCCAUCUUCACCACCAUCGCCAGCGCCUUUUCAAACAGCAUGGUCAAGGGAAUGAAUGUGUUCUGCGUCCUGUUCAUCUGGCGUGUCCUGCUCGGCUUCGGCAUUGGUGGCGACUAUCCUAUCACUGCUACCAUCGUGUCUGAGUACGCCAACGUACACAACCGCGGCAAGCUCAUGGCUGCAGUGUUUGCGUUCCAGGGCUUCGGUAACGUGCUCGCUCCGAUUGUGUCGGGCAAGAUUGACGAGGACGUAGAGAAUCUCGACUAUGUCUGGCGGUUGAUUAUCGGCCUCGGCUGCAUUCCUGGCGAGUCGGCGCGGUUCCAAAAGCAAGCGCAGGAGGACACGAACGCCAUCGAGACUGCUGUACCAGUGGCAUCUCGGCCCGCAGGACACGUGGGUGGACAGCGCCGCAUCAAGACAUUCAAGAUGUACUUUGGCGAGUGGAGGCACUUGAAGGUGCUCCUGGGCACAUCCAUCGCCUGGUUUGCCUUGGAUGUCGCAUUCUACGGAAUCAACCUCAACUCGUCCGUGGUCAUCGAUGCCAUCGGCUUCGCUGGCGACAUGGACAAGGACACCCCGUCACACUACCUGACGCGCAACUGCGUCGGCAACAUCAUCAUCAAUAUGCUCGGCUCCGUGCCUGGCUACUGGGUCUCUGUGUUCACAAUCGAGCGGCUUGGGCGCAAGAAGAUCCAGAUUCUGGGAUUCGUUAUGCUUACGAUUCUGUACGUUAUCCUCGGCUUCGCCUACAACCGGCUACUGGACAACUCGAGCGUCGCCUUCAUUGUUUUGUUUGCAUUUGCCCAGUUCUUCCAGAACUUUGGCCCCAACGUUACUUCAUUUGUCAUCCCUGGUGAGGUAUUCCCGACACGAUUCCGUGCAACUGCACACGGCAUCUCAGCGGCUGCUGGCAAGCUUGGCGCCAUUGUUGCGCAGGGCGGCUUCUUGCAGCUCAAAGACAUUGGUGGCAAGAACGCGACAUUAGAGGAGAUUUGCGACGAGAGCGAAGAGUAUUAUUAGACCCGCUUGCGAUGGUAUGUUCAAAAUGUAAACUAUUUAAACCAGGUCAAUGCCGCUGGGCUUAAAUCAAGGGGCAGCAUGCAUAGCGUUGAUCAGCUUCGAUAGCUGGUGUCGUGAUGUACAUGUCGUCCCUGCCCCCUCCCCAAAGGAUGCACAUGCACUGCAAUGCAGUCUAUCACCUGAAGUCACGCGUCUGCAGCGCACUCCCUGCUGGACCUAUAACGCGCUCUUGGCACUCGAGCCGAUUGGA